AUGGAGGUCGAUACCGAAAAAGUUCAUAAAGAGCAGGUAAAAGAACUAAAAGGUACGGUUAGAAUCAAAUUUUAAUCUUUUUUAGGAUGCCAAACUUCUAGAAGAAGACGAGGCUGAUCCUAAAAUUGAAACUGUUGCAAAUGAGGUUGCAGAAGCCUACUUUCAUGAAAAAUCGAAAUUUAAAUUGCAGCAAGUACAGAGCGAGCAAGAAGGGUCUAAUGUUCAAAAGGUAAUUGUAAUUUAUAUUCAUUUUUUUCAUGAAUAUUUAGGAAACGGAAGUCGAAUUUGGUCCGGUGAAGAAAUCGUCUCCUUUUCUGCCUUCUGACCAGCAUUCCUAUGGUCUUUUGGCUCGCGACAACGGAAUUGAGAAUAUUUGGCACCUUGUAAGUUUGAAUAAUCUAGGAAAAUGAUCUUGGUGUGAAAUUUUUCAGAUUAAAGACUUCCAAGAGCCGAAAGACAUGAUUUAUGCGGUUUUCGACGAUUCUCUGGGAAAUUUCGUGAUCCAAAACGAAAAGCUCAACGAUUAUUUUGGGAGAAAUUUGUGGAAAUUGAAGGAAAAGAUGCAGUUUUACAUGGCCCAUCAUUUGAAGUGGGAAAAGUCCUGUUUCAUGAUAAUAUUAUGAAAAAACCUUUGAAGAUCCUCCGCAGAACGUCUUCUGAAGAUGGAGGAGACGUUGGCCUUGGAAGACUUGGAGAAUUUCAGAAUCGAGGUCAUGAAUUUCCUGGGAAAUUCUGAAGGAGAGGCGACGAUUCUCUGCAAAUGGGUACAAAAAUAUAUUUAAAUUCAAAAAAGGUUCAUCAUUUUCAGGGAAAACUGCCUUCGGACUUGACAAAAGACCAAAAAGUUGAGGAUUUCAUGCGAUCCGUUGGGAACUGUCAGUUUCAUUUUUAGAAGUUCAAAACAUUCAAAAAAUCAAAUUUCAACCAAUUUUCGUAUUUUUCAGUCUAUUUCGAUCCUGAAGACUUGAUGACUCACCAUGGGAUUUUGAGAAAAGAACCGAUUAUUUUCGAAAAAGAGAUCCUCGAGGCUCUUUUCAUGUUCACCCAGCGAGUCGUCCUCCAGUUGUUGAGGUGAAGCCUUGAAAAAAAUUCAAUAUAAAUUUCGAAAUUGUUCAGAAUUGCUUUGAAUGUUCGAUUUUUUAACGAUGGACAUCCGAAAAUAACUUAUGAUGGAAAUAUCAAAAUCGAGGAGCCUAUUUUAGGAAACAUCGAGGUUUUUUUUUUCGCUCUGAAAAAAAAUGAUCGCAAUUUUGAGGCUUUCCUGAAACGCGACAAAAUCACGUACAGGAUGGUUCUGCCCAAAGACGAAAAUCCGAAUAUUUGGCACCUUGUGGGGAUUUCCGACUUGUUUCAUCUAUUUUUGUGGUUUUUUUAGAUUGAGGACUUCAAAUCGCCCGACGAAAUGGUUCGGGCCGUUUUUCCGAGUCACAUUUAUGAGGAAGUCGUCGCGAAUAUCGGCGUCCAUUUCAAAGUGUUCAAGGCGCUUCAAUCUUUGCGAUCUCGCAUGAGCUUCAUAGUCAAGACGAGGCUAAAGUUUGAUACAGUCUGUGAGCCACGACUUGAAAAUUUCACGGAACGACAUUCCGCUGUUCCGCUGCGUGCGUUCGCGAAGCGUCUUUCGAAAUUAGGUCACCCUUUUCAGUUGAUUGUUAUUGCUGUGGGAGCACAUGAAAGUAGAGUACCUUAAUAAAAGAAAAUUAAAAGCGCGGCCAAGAUUCGCAAAAACGCACAGCGGAAUGUCGUUCCGUGAAAUUUCAAGCCGUGGCACAUAGACUAUAUUUUUUCCUUUUUUGUUUUAGGAAAUAUUUUCUAAGACGUAAAAACGGCUUUUCGCCUCAAGACCUAUCCGAACUUAUCUACAGUGCCGUCAGAAAAGAUAAAAGUUUUUUGCUCAUAAGUUUCUUGUAUGAAGCUAAAUCCGCAUAAACUCUCUAUAGCGGGUUCACGGCAGGCUAGAACCAUCGAAAAAAGGGUCUUGACACGACAAGAAAAGAUACAGUGUCUGGUUGGUGGAGAGCGCAGACACGCCUUUUUCCCUUGAAAAGGCAUAAAAGUUGCGUUUUUUUGCCAAUUUAAAUUCCCUCAGAGUGUUACAAGUAACAGUCAUCCCAACUCUAAUAGAUUUCAGAAAGAUUUUUAAAAAAAGUUGUGAUCAAAUUUCUUCUGACGAAACUGUAUUUUUUUAAAAAUUAAGCAAAAAAAAUCUUGAAAAAAAUUCAAUUUUUUUUCCAGCGCAAUCCUCGAAUCAGUUUUUAACGGAACACCGAUAAUCAAUGAUAUUUUGCCGAUUUUGCAACAAAUGGCGGAUUUUUUAACGGGUCCUAAUCCCGAACAGGGUCUCGUCGUCAAGUCUUGGGUUAGUUUUGAGUUCAAGAGAAAUUAAUAAUCCUUGAAAUUCACAGUUCUCACUAUUGAAACCCCUGGAAGGAGCAAAUGUUACCACUUCUGUUUGUGAAACUACGCCGAUGGGUGAAAUAAUGAUAUAAUAUUUUAUAAUAUAAAAAAAUAAAUUUUAGAAUCGAUUCUAAAAGAGUUGGAAACGUUCAAGGCGCCGUAUCCACUGCGACAGAAAAUCCUUCUCUGCCAAUAUUAUUUUUGCCAACGACUUUCGUUGCAAUUUAUUAGGUUUUUUCCAUUCUUGUUGUUCGAAAAGACGCUUAAAAAACCUCUUCAAAUUUUCUGACUCAUCUCAAAAUAUCUUAGUUCCGUUGCGUAAGUGAAAGCGCGCUCUAAGGCUAAUUUUUAUUAGAAACAUCAGGCUUGUGCGCCAAAAGCUAUGGACCUCAUUUUUAAGGAAAAGCUUGCGCGGAUUCGGGCCAGGCCUCGAAAAAAAAAGUUUUCACGGAAGAGUUAUUUUUUUACAUAUAUUCUGUUGUGUUAUAAGUAUGAGCAAAAAGUAUGAUUUUUUUAUCGUAAAAAAAGCUGGAUAUUCGACUUGAACUCCUUGGCCUCCUGAGGACCGGGUCGGGUUAAGAAAAAUGACCGUGAAGCGGGGGAUAGGCAGCCUGAUGGGCCGGUUCUUGGAAAAAUCCUACUCACAUCGGUAACGCUGUUUCGGGGCGAUUCUAGGGUUCACUUAAGGGUGUUGACGCUUCUAAAAUGGUCACUAGAAACGCCCCGGCACGUCCAAUUAGCCUUAGCAAGGUCCGCGAGUCCUGGCGCCUCUGUGACGCGGAUCGGGCAGGUUUCGGAGAUUUUCUAGGGAUCACUUCAGGGUGCUGACGCCGCCAAAGCGGUAUAGACCGUUCAUAAUUUGAAUUUAAAAAAAGAAUGACGUCAUUCGAAAACGCUCUGUGGAUGGCUCGCUCUCUGAUUGGUUUAUCGGGUGAUAAGGGGCGGAGCUUAAGCGAGGACUUGACAUUUGAAAUCUGAGCAGACUAUAGAAAUGUUCACGUUAGCGAGAACCGAGUUGUCUGCUUCCAAUUUAAAAAAAACUUGGCACAUUUCCAGGCUCACAACGGGUGUCCAGAUUAAAGACGGCAAAAUUUGGCGAUUUUAUUGGCUCGGAAUGAAUGGAAGACCUCGGUCGAAGUCGAAAGAAACGGAAAGAAAGAGGAAAAUCGACGAAGAAUCGUCACCCCCGGCGCCGAAAAUCGCACGGGAAAAUCAUAAAGUCACAAAAAAGGCCAUAAAUUCGAAAAACGAUUCUUCCCAACAUGUUAGUUUUGUCGAAAACGGUUUCAAGCUCCGACUUUUAGGAAAAGAUUUCCGCCAAUUACACCCCAAUGCCUACUUCUGCAAGGAUUUUCGAUGGGCUUUCUAAGAACGUGAAUAUUUCAGUUUUUCUGAAUAAAAAUUAUUAAAUUUAAGGCUAAUCCCUCAAUGAAUCAAGGCUGUGGCGCGGAUUCCGAAGACAACAACCUCGUGAUGAAAAAUCGACAGGAGUCUAUCGAAAAAGUGAGACAGAUUUUUUUAAAAUUCUUUUUUUUUUGAGCUUUUAUUUUCUCUAGGAACAGACUUUUUCCGAAUUUCACUCCAAUGCCAACGUCGACAAGGAUCCUCGACUCAAUUUUUCAAGAAUUCAACUCAAAAAAAUUAAGUGUUUUUCUUUAUUAAAUUGAAUUAUUAGGCGUUUUUUUAUUACGACUUUUUUUGUAGAAUCUCAAAAAGGUUCCGCCUCCGCUAGAGGUGAAAAUUGGUUUCAUAAAUUCGAAUAUCAUAAAUUCGAAUAUUUGUGGAAUUUUUAAAACGAAAUGAAUAUUUUCAGGCAGCCGACCAGCCAAAGAAGAAAAAUUAUCCCAAUCAGAUACAAUAAUGAUAACGAGCAGGUUUUUUUGAAAUCCGAAAAAAAGUUCCAUUUGAUUUUCAGGUCUCAACGAGUUCGACAGGGAUCUUUGGUUGAAGAUGUAAUUUUGUCUAUUUUUUUAUUAAUGUUGAUAGAAAGAGUUUUGUAAAAAUUGCAGUUUCAGAUGUUUCAUGUUUUGAGGGCUAUCAAAAAAAUGUUAUAGUACAUUUUUUUACUGACUAGGGAAAUUUUUUUAACUCCCUGUUUCAUCAGAAGCUCAAAAAAAGGGGGGUGAUAACGUGAAAAGUUCAAAAAAAGGGGGGGGUAAGGAAAGACAAAAAAAGUUCAAAGGGGGGUUUGUUCCCUAGUGAAUUUUGAAUUCAGGAGUCUCCGGCCAAACCGAAAAAGGACCCCCAAUUGGAGGAAAUUCGAUCCCAAAUGCAUCAAAAGUUCAACGUUUUAAAGUAUCAAAUCUUCCAUUUCGAUACUUCGAUUUCUUUUUCAGGAAUACGAUAGAGAACUAUCAAAGAGACGCGAAAAAUCGGCAAAACACGACAAAGAAGGAGAUGGAGAACAAUCUCAAAACCAUGAUGAAGACGGUCACCGAUAAUAUGGCUCAAAUGCAGUUGGUUUUUUUGGCAAAAAAAUAUUCAAGUAAAAAUAUUCUUUUUUUGAAGCUGGAGAAGCUCUUAGAGGGCUUUCAGGACGUUUAGACUUUUAAAAAAAAGUAAGUUAGCGAUGAGGAAAAACAUCAAGAGGGAAAUUCUAAAUGUUCAUUUCCGAAAAGUUCCAGGAUUUUUGCAGAAUAAAAAUAAUGGAAGGUUAAAAUUCUCAAUGAUACGAUUUUUUUGUCGUAUAUGGCCUUGAAACCAUGUAAAGAUGGCCAAAAUGUUAGUUCCAAUUUCAAAAAACUUGUUUUUAAUUUCAGCCUGAGCUUGUUAAUUUUGGUUUUUAAAUCCCAUUUUGAAACGUCAACUUUCAAGCCUAUUUUCCUCAAAAAACACUGCAAUAAAAAGCGAAUUUUGAAUCAAGGCUGAUUUUUCAAUUUUUCAUAGAGUUCUCAAUGGAAUUUUCGGUUGCUUAUACCUUGUAGAGUCACGGCUGGCUUGAGCCAUCGAAAAAUGAGUCCUGACACGGUAAAAAAAGAUAGAGUGCUUGGUUGGUGGAGAGCGCAGACAGGACACGCCCCUUAGCGUCUCAAGCUAGCCGUGAAUCCGCUGUAUAAGAGUUUUCCCAAGGACUCUUAGCUAUGAGGAAAAAAUAAAAUAAAAUUAAACCCAAAAGUACUAUGGAAAGCGAUGAAAGAAGAACUUUUCAAAAUUCCAACGUUCAACAGAAAAAACAUGGAGAAGAGCAUGAGCAAGAUGCUGGCCAGCGAGUUGAAAGCUCAUCGGCAAAACGAAGAGCGCAACUCGGUCGAAAUGCAAAAGGCAAAAGCCGAACUGAAGAAGAGAGACGAGGAAAUUUACGAACUCAAGGCCGAACUCGCCGGAACACGGGAAUCGCUUCUCGAAGCUCGUCAGGACUUGAACAAGCUCAGGCAAGGUCAAAACAAAAGGAGGAAACAGGCCAAAAAGGUAAACGAAAUCGGAAAUAAUAUAACCUUUCUCGUCGGUUUCCAGGCCUUUGAAGUGGAACCGGAGAACUUCUAUCAACCUGUUAGCCAGUGGGAACCGAGGUUUGAGAAAUAGAGAAAAAAAAUAGAAGAUUUAAUUUUAGAAGAAUUUUGCCGGCCACUCAAGCUCACGAGGUUUCAGUGGACAUAAAACCGGACCAGGUAAAAAGAGGCUUCAAAAAGCGUCAGAAGAAAAUCUACCACUCUAAAAAGUCUAUACGAAAAGCUAGAUAGCAUGGGAAACGCAGAGAGAUUAGAGAUUGAGAGAUAUUCGCGUCUCGGCGGCUAGAGAGCGUGAAAAACGCAGAGAGAUUAGAGAUUGAGAGAGAUUCGCGUCUCCGCGGCUUUAACGCUCUUUCGAUUAUCCUACUCUUUUACUUUUUGAAAAAUUUUACGAUUUUUUCUUUUCCAAAAAAAGGAUAAUUUUCUAGGCGAGAAAACGCAGGAACCGUAGAGAAAGUAGAGAAUUAGAGAUUCACGUUCAAUUUCUAGAAAUCAGGUUUUCGAUUCAAUUCUUUUUACUACCCAAAUGAUUGACUAAUGACGUCAUAAGUGAUUGAGCGUGUGAAUCGCAGAGACGCCAAGAAAAUGAAAUGUCUGCGUCUUUUUGAUUUCCGAGCUCUCUUGUUCGCCAAGACGGAGUUUCGAUCAUUAAUUCGAAAAAACUUCUCUUCUCCGACAAAAAUGGUUUGAUGACAGCGAGAGAGCGCGAGAAAUUAAGAGACACUAGAGAAAAAAAAAUGCGUCUCUCGCUCUCUCUUCCUCACACGAUAAUGAAACUACCAAAAACUACGAUAUUAAAAGGAUUAAUUAUUUCUCAGUUAUCAUCAAAAUUGUCUCAGGAAUCCAUUCUGCUCGAUGAAGACCUGCUUCAUCAUCGCGGCGUCUACUUCUCUGAGCAUUAA